CAUUUCGCACACCAUAAGAUACCACCGCUUGACCCAAGAGUCUACGCAUCGUCUGUACAAGAUGCACCUUUCAAGCAGAGUGAAUGGUAAGGUCCAGCAAAGGAACGAGCGAAAUGACUUCAGGCGAGGCGCUGCACGUGAGAGUAUGCCGCCUCGUGUUCUUUGGCAAGUUGAACAAAGGCCCAGCCAAUUGCUGCCUGGAAUUCUUGCCUCUGUAUUUUUCGCUUUGCUCGCUGUUCGCGCUUUGUUUCUUCGCCAGCUCUCCUUUGCUUUCGUCCUUAAGAUUGUUCCAUGAUGUCGCUAUCAAGUUAUCAAGAAUCCGUCCCGCUAUCGUCUUCACCACCGCACCGACCGUCGUCCGCCAUGUCGUCUUCCGAAGCAGACCCUCCGCCACCGCAAUACUCCUCGCAUCCAUCGCCAACACCGUCCGACGAUUCUAUCUCGUAUGAGGAGCCCUCUUUGUUCUUCGACUGGACUAGAGAUGGUCCAGCACCGCGGCUGUCAAGCCGUUCAAAUAGGUCAAGCCCCCCAACUUCCUCGUCGGAACAGGCAUCUCCAGUUAUCAAUCUUGAAUCUCCUAUACCUUCAUCGUCUCGUAGAGCAUCUCUCUCAAGAUCCGAAAGUGCACCAUCCGUGACCGACCAGGCUUCGGCCCCACGUUCAUUUCAACGCGCCGCAUCUGGGUCACUAGCUCUGAAUCCUUCACUCUCGUCAACACCAGCCGCGUCGUUUGCUCGUCUACCUGUUUCUACUGGUCUAAGUAGUACUUCCAGAAAAAUUGGAGGGGCACGUCGCGUUAUCCGAGAAGAAGUAAAGGAUGGUACGGCAGAAGAAGCUAAACAACGUAAGCGGCCGUUGGAGGCUAGGGAGAAGGAGAAUGCAGAUGCAUUACCUCCAGCCUCUAACUCAUCAUCGGCGUCUUCACGGCCACUUGCUGAAGUUGUUCCAGUGCCCCAACGUAGUCUCUCUGCGCAGGGUCGCCAGGUAUUGCCUGUGCCAUCCCGCGCUGCUCGUCUCGUGAAAAAGACAGAGCCCAUUCUUGAGACAGAGGAUGGUGAGUCUCGAUUAUUUCAUUACGUUCCAAUCUCAUUAUCUCAUGCAGAGUAUGAUGGGGGCCGCCCACGAUCGUCGUCGUCUGCGUCCGGCUCUGUGCCUACGGCUACUCGACCUCGUCGGUCUGCUAGCCUAAGCGAGAGUCAAAUGGAUGAGGGCCCUCUUCCGCAGCUGCACCAGUUUCCCCGAGUGGGCGUAAGUCGUGGCGCUCGAAGGGUCACCUUGGAAGAGAAGCUCAGACAAGAGCGCCAGAUCGGUUACGCGUUAAGGGAGGCUGAAGAAGCUGUAGAAGCCGAUCGUGCUGCUGCCUCAGAACAGCAACCACCCAUCUCUUCUGAACGACAACACACACCUUCACCAACUCAUGUCGCGACUCACUCCCAUCUUCGACCGGUCUACACUCAUCAACGCAAAGAUUCAGAUACAUUACGUUCCAUGGGUACUAACCUUGUAAUUGCCUCCUCGCCAACCGUAGUCGAACAUUCACGGAAUUCACCUCCAAAUCGCUAUUAUCCAGCCUCCUCAAUCUCAUCUAGCAAUGCCGCUGCCGUAUCUCUUCGCCAUCGACGAAGUCCGACUGCACCUGAGGCACCUACAACAAGCGAGAUGAUCGCUCCGCCGGGCGCGAAUGGCAACGCACUCUAUAAAACUUGGGCGGUGAACGAUGGACGGGAAUCUGACAAUUUCUCGGAUGAGAGUCCAAAUGGACCUAUCUCCAUCCCGAAGAACAAUGGCCCCUCCAUGCCUCCACCACCUGUCCCUCUUCAACAGACGAAAUCGGCACCUUCCCUCGCAUCGGGACAGUCUUCCCAGCAACAACGACAGCAACAGAACGUUCCUGUUCCGCAGGUUGUCACGCGAAAUAUGGUGGUUAACAAGCGAGUAUAUGUUCGUUUGGAUAUGAUCGGCAAGGGUGGCUCAUCCCGUGUCUACCGUGUCAUGAACAACGUCAACGAGAUCUUCGCAAUCAAGCGAGUAUCUUUAGACAGGACUGAUGCUGAAACCAUGAGCGGUUACAUGAACGAGAUUGCCCUUCUGAAACGCCUGGAUGGCAAUAGUAGGAUCAUUCGUCUCAUUGAUAGUGAAGUUAAGGCUGGGCCUGGCGGAUCCAAGGGACUUUUGAUGCUGGUUAUGGAGUGUGGGGAAAUUGAUUUGGCGAGGUUACUGCAAGAACAGCAGAAGGAACCUAUGGACCUCAUUUGGAUAUCGUAUUACUGGAAGCAGAUGUUACAGGCUGUUCAUAUCAUACAUGAAGAGAAGAUCGUUCAUUCUGAUCUGAAGCCGGCGAAUUUCGUCCUCGUCAAGGGGCAACUGAAGCUCAUCGACUUUGGUAUUGCUAAUGCGAUCGCGAAUGAUACCACCAACAUUCAGCGAGAUCACCAGAUCGGCACCGUGAAUUACAUGAGCCCAGAAGCCAUCGAACUGCCGGAUGGUAUGCGCCGUCUCAAGGUCGGCCGACAAAGUGACAUCUGGUCACUUGGUUGUAUCUUAUACCAAAUGGUCUAUGGAUACCCACCUUUCCAACACCUUUCUGUAUACCAAAAGAUGAAGGCUAUUCCCGAUAUCUCACAUGUUAUCGACUUCCCUGACUACUCAAUACCCACCAUCCCGGCUUCCAAGAAUGGCUCACCUGCUUCACCGACACGGCUGGAACACCUCAAAACUCCUGUUCCGUCAUUUGUAAUAACCACAAUUAAGAUGUGCCUCACUCGCAAUCCGAAAGAGCGAGCGACGAUUCCUCAGCUUUUGUCGUUAGAUUGGUUGACUCUGAGGGAGCAACCUGGACCUAUAACUGUACCCCCACCCCCGCCUCCGCCUCCACCCCCUCGUCCACCUACACCGCCGCCUCCGCCUCCGAAGCUGAAGGAAGAUGAGGCAAUCAUCAAUCCCUACUUCAUGGCGCAACUACUGGACUAUGGUGUCAAGUGUGGAUUGGAAGGUAGAACUCUGGAUCUCGAAGCAGAGGCAUUGCGUCUGGUUGGGGAUUUGAGAGCCGUCAACCCACCUGAAACGCCAACAACAUAAUGUCGCUCUAUCCGUCGUGGUAUUUUUGGCUCACGUCGCUCGGGCCCAAGGAACUCAAUACAGAGGCCUUUCGGUUCUUCGCGGCAUCUUUUAGCACGUCGUGGCCUCCCAUCAUCACAUCCUGGUUGCUACACAUUGCCUGCAACAGUCGAUGAAGAUUGUGGGACGUUGCGUUAUACGGAAGCCUAUGCUUAUGUCUGCACUUCCAGGCUUUUCCUCUAUGGACCGAUCAUUUGGACUCGGAACUCGCAUCGUCAUUGUAUAUUUCAGUCGCAUCUCCUUGUUUUCUAUGUAAUCGUAUAGGUCUUAUUUGCAUGCACGUCGCUGAUUUUCUUUCAUCCCUUCC